ACUCCUACUUUUAGUACUACCAGAACUACCAACUCACCCUUACUGAUUUAACUCCUGCUUAACCCGGACUUGACUAUUAGCAUCUCCAAUUUCCACUGCUUUGUUUUGAGAUGAUUUACUAAUAACUUCAGUUGUUUUCUGUUUUUCUCAUAAUGAUGCAUACUACCGUGGUAAUUUAUUGGCAACUUCUGCUAUCACCUUAAGCAGUCUUACUAUAUUGCUCGCCUGAUUUCGAACAGCUGGAGAUGUACCUUCAUAUGACAGGCCCUAGUUGAAACCACCAGCCACAAGGAAUAGUUGUAGCACGAGACGAAUGAAUUUUUCAUUCAGCGCAUAAGUAUAUAUGUUUGGAGAAGGCUCGUUUAGAGACAGAGUGCUCUAGAGUAUGGCCGUUACAUGUGCGAACUGGGUUUGACAGUUGAGAUCUGCUAUACCUCAUAGACUUCAUAGAUGCCGUGAGAACACUGCAUUGAUGAUGUAUGGGAAACUGUUAUCAGAAAUAAAUUUCUCAUUGUUCUCCGAAGUGAAUUCCGACGCAACAAUGGCAAAUAUGUCGAUGAAUAAUUAUUCUUAAAAAUUUCCCUAACCUUUUCGCGUUUAAACAGAAUAAUUGCAUUUUUCUUAGAGCUCUUGCAUUUUGUUUGGACAGAAGUGGUUACACAUUGGAUGUGAAUGUUUAAUGGUAGGGUGUUAAUAUAUAUUAUUCACUUGAAAUAAACAUCAGUAUGGCAGAUGAGGUGUCAUUUGAAUUUCUUCAUACAGAGCUAGUAUCUUAUGUUUUAUCUUCAACAGAAAAAGAUAAAAAG